AACACUACUCUCAAAAUGGCGACUCGUAGAAUCAAAAAGAGACCGCAAUGUGUGAGCCGAGAGCCCAGUGACCGGGAAAAGGAACCCAGUGAACGAGAAUCAUCAGCGGCGCGGCCAAAUAGGACAAAAUACGGCGGGCGAAAACGCCGACCGCAUAGUCAUAACCUGUACGUGUACGUGAGCGAGGCGGGAAUGGAGUGCAAAGGCAAGGGCAAGAGAAUGAAGGAGGAGGCGCCAAGCAAGAAGUUGCCGCCUAAAAUUUACGGCGAUGGAGGAACCCCCACAAAAGCGGCCCACGACGAGAUCCUCUCCUCGUUGCUGCGGAUCAACAACUUCGACUCCAUAUCGAGCAUCAAGGAUGAGUCGCUGGACAUUGAUCUGUCCGCCUGUGUGACAAUUAGCUCCGCCAGUCUGGUCAACGGGAACAGCCUGUCGUCCACGGACUUUUGGCGCGUGCUGGACGAAAGUGCCCAGAACAACACUGAGCUGAAUCUAUCGGCGGACGUUUGCCGAGACGACCUGACGGGUUCCAGCUCCGGCUCUGGCUCCGGCCUUGGGCCCAGCACCCUUCUGCCCGCCAGUACCAGUGAACACCACUCUAGCUCUGAGUUUAAUGUGACGUUUCUGCGUCCCGAACCACCGAAUGCGUUCACCAAUUCGCCGUUCAAGAAAACCUCCAGCGGAGGAGCCUCAUCCAUCAAGCUUUCGCCCGAGCAACUGCAGCUCCAGCAGCAGCAACAUCUACUAGCUCAGCCAAGCUUGCAGCGCAAACCCAAGUUGCCAGCGACGACGGCGGUGCGCUUAAAAGUCUUCAAAGAAGAGCCUCCCGAAGAAAAACAGCUUCAGAUGGGUCAAAGUUCCGCGCAUGUGGUCACCAAGGUGGAGGUGGGCGAGUCCGAGUUCCUGCCCCCGUCGUUUACCAUCUUUCAACAGCCCAAGCCGUCAUUAAGAACCUCUGCAGAGUCGGAUGCGGCUAGUAUGCCGCCUCCUGUGACUGAGGUUCACGAAAAAUCUGUUGAGGUAGACCCGGCGCCGUUGCACAAGUGCUUGGACUGCAACGGGCUGGUGCUGGAGACGCCCGAAGAGCUGGCUAAGCAUGAAUCGGCCGCCCAUCGGCUGCGUCUCAUCUACCGCUGCGGUGAGUGCCAGCGGGAGUUCGAGGUCUUAGCCGGGCUAAAGAAGCACCUUAAGACUCACCGCACCGAGGGUCGCAAGGAUACGUGGAAGAAGUGUCCCGACUGUGGCAAGUGCCUCAAACUGGGGAGUAUGUGGAUGCAUCGGAAGAUCCAUAGCGACAACAAGAAGUACCAGUGUGACAUCUGCGGCCAGAAGUUCGUCCAGAAGAUCAAUCUUACGCACCACGCCCGGAUCCACUCCUCCGAGAAGCCGUACGAAUGCCCGGAGUGUCAAAAACGAUUCCAGGAGCGGUCCCAUUUGCAGCGCCACCAAAAGUACCAUGCCCAGACGCGUUCCUACCGCUGUGAAAAGUGCGGCAAAAUGUACAAAACAGAGCGAUGCCUCAAGGUGCACAACUUGGUGCAUCUGGAGCAGCGCCCCUUCGCCUGCACUGUGUGUGAUAAGAGCUUCAUCAGCAACUCCAAGCUGAAACAGCAUUCGAAUAUCCACACAGGCAUGCGACCCUUCAAGUGCAACUACUGUCCGCGAGACUUUACUAAUUUCCCCAACUGGCUUAAGCACACAAGACGCCGUCAUAAGGUCGACCAUAAGACGGGCGAACACCUUGAGAACAUUCCCUCCUACUGCUCCAAGAAGUCCACCACUAGCAAGGCGCAGAAAGCGGCCGCGGCAGCGGCAGCAGCGGCUGCAGCAGCUACAAAUCCUGAUAAUCCUAUGCCCACGCAUGAUCUGAAAAUGAAGUCCAAUUCAACACCUACAUCAACGCCAGCACCUGCUAAACAGGCCCGUAAAAAGAAACAGCCCCAACAGGCUACUCUUGCUGCUUUGGGAAUCACUCUGCCAGCGGGAACAGCACUGCAGCAGGUGCAUCCUGCGCCGUCAGCCCCACAGCAACAGGAACUGUCCACUGUGAUGGUGGCACUUCCCCCACCGCCUCCCAAACAGGCUAAAGCUAAGCGGGAGCGAAAGCAACUGGCCCCGAAGCAACUGCAGCAAAAGCCACAAGUGCAAACUCCAAAUCAACAGCAACAAACCGGAUUGGCUCCCUUGGGUGGCAUUUCCCAGAUCAAGAAAGAGCCGGUGCAGAAUACGGGCCCAUUCCUAGACCUGCACGGCCUCAGUUUGACUUCUGCCGAGGAUCUGAUUAUGGAGCAGGCACUUGAAAUGGAGGAGUGUGGCCUUUAUGAUGCACCCGUGGCUAAUACCGAUAUGGGGACGUCGGACAAUGCCAUCUCCGACUCUGCCGCCGCCCUGCACUUCCAGAUAAAAAACGAAUUGCCAGACGAACUCUUGCCGGAUGAAGAUUUCAUGCCUUGCAAACCCAGCGAUCGUCUUGCUUGUCCAUCACUUGAGUCCUCGCCGUUUUCUUCGCCAGCCUCUAUGGAACUGACCGCAGUAUCCGCCUCCGCUCCCAGUAGUGCUCCAAGCGGUUCGCAAGCGAUGCCGCCACGCUCUGGGAACUACUAUCUGCCCGCCUUCACGCUGAACGCCCAAGGAAAACUGAGCAGCAUGGUUAAUACAGUGCAAUCUGUAGCCACGGGAGUGCCUACAAGCCCUGCGAUGCCCGUAGUCAAUGUGCCGCUGUUGGUACGCUCCAAUCAGAUGCUACCUUCAGUGGACACACUGCUCUUUACCACACAAACGGGCGCCAAUCGAUUCUUUGCGGGAAAAUCAGCAGCAGCAGCAGCUACGCCGCAUCUGACAUGAUCGCCAGAUCAAUAUGAAAGCCUCAACGAUCUCUUGUGUCUUAGUUAAGUUAGCAGUACCGACCAUGCUGACCGCUGGCAAUCGUUUAAUAUAUCGGAUGGAUGAGUGUAAAGUCCGUAGGUUUUUAAGAGUACGACGCUAAAUUUGUUUAAGUGAUAGGCCUAAGCUCAUUUUUGCAUAGCCCUAAGUGUAAUUGCUUGUAUAUAUAAACGUUUACUUAUAUAAAAUAUGAUUAUUGUAUGAUUUGUACGCUUCACACCAAUAAUAAAAUUUCGUAUAUAUUUUAGUAA